AUGGGUGUAGUGCUCGCAGCGCUCAUCAAAGAGCAUGGUGUACCGGACAAGCUACUUCCGACUGGCACUGACUCCGCAUUUCAUGGCCUUGCGCACAUCAUCAUUGACCAGCAGCUGAGCAUUCUGGCGGCCAAGUGCAUCGCCAACCGUGUGCUUGCAGCCUGUGGGGGCGCACAGGUAUUAGAACCUGCGGCUGUUCUGAAAGUCCCGCCAACAGAGCUGCGAGCAUGCGGCCUGUCGCAGGCGAAGACAAACUACAUUGUUGAUCUGGCGCAGCGUUUUGAGUCUGGACAACUCACAACCGAAGGCAUUGUUGCGCUUGACGAUGACACUCUGUACCAGCAGCUCUCUGCUGUAAAGGGCAUUGGGAGGUGGAGUGUGGACAUGUUUGCCAUGUUCCAUGCGGGGCGGCCGGAUAUUCUCCCAGUGGGUGACCUGGCGGUCAGGAAGGGGUUCCAGGCACUCUAUGGCCUCAAGGCGAUUCCCACUGAUGCACAGAUGGCGGAGAUUUCUGAGAAGUGGAGGCCAUACCGGUCACUGGGAAGCUACUACAUGUGGCGUGUUCCAACAAACAAGAGCCCUUCCAUAAAGAAGAGCAAGUCUGUACCUGUUGGUGUGACACUGUAG